CGAUUUCAGACGUGUCAGCCUGCAGGUACGAGCCGGUCAGACUUUUUACGCCUCUCCACGCCACGGCCGUUGGAAUCCGAAUUUGAAUGAGCUUCGCACUCUCUUCCUCCGGCACCUAGUCCAUGACUCUGCUACCUUCCUGCCAUGGACCUUGUACCGCCAAACACAAACCCGCCCGUUCCGACGCCGCGCAAGCGACGUAGACCCGCCUUGGCGUGUGAGCAGUGUCGCAAGAGAAAGGUCAAAUGCGACCGACAUACCCCGUGCGAGCAAUGCGUCCGCACCAAGAACGAGCCGUGCAUCUACCUCUCUCAGGACCCUCCUCCCAGCGCGAACAAGAGCCGAAGAGUCGUUGAUGGCGAUGGCUCCAUCACAGCUCCAGCCAGUCUCAGCCCUGUGCAGUCCUGGGCCCGGCCGAUCUACCCGGCCUCCCGUCUGCCGAACUCCAUCUCCGAGACUGUCGGACCCGCUCCGGAUCAGGCCUUAUUAAACAAGGCCCAGCAUCUGAACUCGGACAUGCGCUCCAUUGGUAGAUUCGACACUAAGCCGCGCAAUGCCAGCUGGGAAAUACCCUUCCAGGGGAGGUUCUCCAAGGAUAGAUAUUUCGGUCGAAGCCAUUGGAUGAAUGCAGUUGAUCAAUUUGAUGAUAUAAUGAACUUGAAAAAUGAUAGCGGUGCCGUCGAAAUUCACGCCCUCGUGGGAAAAUGCAAAAACCUUGCGAGGUCAACAAAAUCCCGCCAGCCUCUCCAACAACCUAUUCCAGCUAACAUCGGGGACUACAUGCCGCCGAAAGAAGUGUGCGAUCAACUGGUUGAUUCUUACUUGAGGACCUUCGAAUCCGCGUACAGAAUCCUACACAUCCCAACCUUCCAAAGGCAGUACACACAGUAUUGGAGUGACCCGCAGUCCGCCAGCAUUGCUUCGGUCAUUCAGCUUCUCCUGGUCCUGGCUAUCGGCACGUGCUUCUACCAAGAAGCCGACGCCGACUCUCUUCGCUCAUCAGCUAUGCAAUGGAUCUUUGCCGCCCAAGCUUGGUUAGGCUCCCCCUCCGAAAAAUCACGACUGAACAUCAACGGCCUCCAAACCUACUGCCUUCUUCUCUUGGCUCGACAGACCAACUCCGUUGGCGGCGACCUCGUAUGGAUAUCCGCAGGAUCGCUUCUCCGCAUGGCCAUGCAAUCGGGGAUGCAUUGGGAUCCCAAAAACGUUCCGCACGCAAACUUCUUCCAGGCCGAGAUGCGGCGCAGACUUUGGUCCACUAUCCUGGAAAUGACUGUCCAGACUAGUAUCGACUCCGGUGGGCCACCUCUCAUCUCCAUGGACGACUUUGACUGCGAGCCGCCUUCGAAUAUCGACGAUGCCGACAUGGAAGAAGACAGCCCUCCGCCUGAAAUCAAGCCGAUAGAGGAGUAUACGCAGACAACCGUUCAGAUUACACUUGCGCAAUCUCUUCCACUCAGGCUUGAAAUCGCGAGGUACCUGAACAACUUUCGGUCCGAGCCGACAUACGAAAGCACACUGCGCCUGGGCAAUGAGUUAAGUGCACUGCUCCAAACCAACUCCUGUCGCUUCAAGUCUUUCCCGCCCGAACGAGCCCAGCCAACGGCUCUCCACAUCAAGUUUAUCGAGCAUUUUACCCAUCGGUUCCUGCUCGUUUUGCAUCAACCAUUCGCGCUACAAGCAAAGACAAACCCCAUGUACUACUACUCACGCAAGGUCUGCACCGAUGCGGCUCUACUAUUGCGCCACUACACGCCGUCUCCACGCAUCAUCGGCUCCAAGGCAUACGAUGACGACUACACAUGCAUCAAGCUCCACGGCAACGGCUUCUUCCGGGACGUUCCGCUCCGCUCGUCCAUCUACAUCUGCCACGAGCUGCUCACGCAGCUCAAAGAAGCAGCCAACUCAUUCAUAUCGGCGGCGGACAAGCUUGCGCGGCAAGAGCUCCGCAACGUCAUUGUCGACUACGUCGAUCACUCUGCGGCGCGGAUCCGGGCGGGCGAGACCAACAUGCGCGGGCACGUGUUCUUCGUCGCCGUGCUGGCGCAGGUCGAUUCGCUGAUGGCGGGGGAGCCGCCGAAGCCGGCGAUCCUGAAGGCCAUCAAGGAGGCGUUGGAGUUUUGCUAUCGGCUGCUGAGGGAGCGGGCGGAGAGUAUGGCGCAUUUGAGCGAGUAUGGGAGCGACAUGGGGAGUGAGCGGCAGCGGGGGAGCAACAGCACCCCGAUGCAGCUUGAUGACUUUGGGUGGUAUGAUAUGACGCAGGACUCUGGCUUCAAUUUCAAUAUCCCGGAUUCUUGGAUUUGGCCUGCUGGCACUUUAAUGGGCAAUGGUGCUUGGCUUUAGAUUCGCAUGUCGUCAACCCGUUGGAAUUUGUGCGUAUGGUUUAGAUGAUAGGUAGUUUAGAUGGAUGCUGUAGACGGCAUGGGCGAACUCCCCCCUAAAGGUCGACGAGGAAAAGAAAGGCUUCACAACCUAGGCGUCAGAUAGGAACACUUGAUACAAUCACAAGCCAUAGUUAAUUGAUGAGCAG